GGUGAAAGGAAAUUAAUUCUAUAAAAACUGUAAAUUUUUCUUUAUUUUAUUUUAUUUUAUAUGAUUUAAGUUAUGAAAAUAGUACCAAAUAUACAGUAUAUUUGGACUUUUUUUUCAGCAUUUAGUCUAUGAAUCUUAGCCUGGCUGCUCUGCUCUGCUCAACUGCUUUGGCUUGGAAACUCCAAAACCCACCAAUUAGGCCUUCUUUAAUGUUAGUAUUUGCUAGCCAUGUCUACUUUAAGUAAGAGUGCAAGCAGUAGUUCUAGCGAUGAAGCUUUGCAACUUAGAAGAGGACCAUGGACUUUGGAAGAAGACACUAUUCUCAUUCACUACAUUGCUCGUCACGGCGAAGGCCGUUGGAAUCUGCUAGCAAAGUUUUCAGGAUUGAGGAGAACUGGGAAGAGUUGUAGAUUGAGAUGGCUGAAUUAUCUGAAACCAGAUGUUAAGCAUGGAAACCUUACGCCACAAGAACAGCUCUUGAUUCUUGAGCUCCAUUCCAAGUGGGGCAACAGGUGGUCGAAGAUUGCGAAGCAUUUACCAGGCAGGACAGACAAUGAGAUCAAGAACUAUUGGAGAACCCGGGUGCUGAAACAAGCUCAGCAUCUAAAGAUUGAUACCAACAGCACAGCAUUUCAAGAAGUCAUUCGACGCUUUUGGAUCCCAAGAUUGCUUCAAAAGAUACAACGAUCAUCGUCUCCAAAUUCAGAUAUCGAUACUGAUCAGUCUCUCAAUCAUGCCAAUGAACAUUCACUAGUAUCACCACAAGGUCCUGCACAAAGUUCACUCAACAUAAGCACCGAAGCAACACAAAGUUUAGUUCAUCGUGCAAAGAACUCGAGCUCAGAAAACUGCACCAGACCAAGUGUUUUUCCUACAGAAUCAUUGAAUAUCUCAGGGAUUCCUCAAAUUUCAGAAUACCCGCCAACAAGUUCAUUUCACGCAACGGCUAACAAUGACUACUACUAUACAUUUUCAAAGGGUGGUGGUAAUUUGAACGACAUUGGCUAUGCCAUGGAGACCUUCAGCCUAGAACCUAUAUCAACACCAGGGGACUCUGAAAUUCCGAUUGGCGGAGGCAAUUUGAUUGACGGUGCUUUUACAGAGAAUCCAUGGGACAUGGAGGAAUUAUGGCAGUUCGGUAUCACGCCCUACACAAGUCAUGAGGUGAAACUCCAGGGCCCUGACAUUAGGCACCCAUGGUAGCUAGGUUUGAUCAUGAAUACUAUAAACAGUAAAUCAAGUGUGUGACAUAGGUUGGUUUUUUUCAAGGCUUUGUUAUUACCAGCAAUUGUGGAUUAAAGUCUUCGACAUACAAAGAGUUUGUGUCGUGAAUCUUUUCUUAUUUGGGAAUGUAGUUCAAUUCUAUAAUUAGUAUUGAUCUCCAGUGUUUUUAUUAGGAUUAGAACAACUUAUAAGAAGUUCUAAACCUAUUUUUUUUUAUUUAUUAAAAAGCAUAAACAGUAGUGUUUUUAACAUUU